AGUCGGUCCGUGGUGGACGAGGGGGACGCGUCGCAGGAGCUCACUCCGUGGUCGCUGCGCGCCGGAGGACCCCGGCGGGAGUAGCGCGUGUGCAGUGAGGACUGAGACGCAGUGGAACAUACGGGACAAGAGUGCGUAGUGAGGGUCGUGCAUUCAGAUUGCGGAAGUGACUGAAUGCUUGAGGGAAAACAAGCGAGGAACAACUUCCCUGUGUUCUGAAUGCUCUAUCGUCUUGAUAUGCGCUAAGUGGCAGCCUGAUAAUGCACUUUCCAAACUAGUCACAUUAUGUUGCAACGCUGAAAUUCAGGCUUAAUUGCCAAGUCAUAAAGAUCAAGUUUCGCUACUGAUACCAAAUUUAUUUAACGGUGCUAUUGUUAUUACAAGAUCAUCUCUUCUGUGGGCCAGACAUUGUCAGACGCUGCAAAGUAGACCAGACUUUGUCAGUCUACCUCAGAUUUCCGUAUUGCACUGCGUGCUCCACGACCCUCUGGCCGCGGGCGCCCACGGCGGUCCUUGAUGCGGCGUGCCGUCUGUCUGGUGGUCUGCCCCCGCGUCUGGUGACCGGGCUGGGUCUCUGGCGGUGUCGCCAUGGCAGUCCUGCGGAGACGCUGCACCUGGCCACAGCUGGCUCUGCUGGCCGUCCGAGUCAUAUCCUUAGUGGGCGGCAGCGAGCACCCGUCACUGCUCGACCCGCCGAUUGUGGUGCGAAACGGCACCAACGCGUCGGUGGUGCUCGACUGCGCCUACACACUUCCGCCCGACGACACGCUACUGCACGUCAAGUGGUUUCACAUCCGCAGUGCCUACACCCUCGUCUUCCAGUGGAUCUACGGCCAGCGACCGCAGGCGCUGGGUCCUCUCCGUCACAGGGUUAACCUCAGUUUCACGGCCUCGGAGACGGCCAACGAGCGGUACCGGGCGAUGCAGAUCCUCCGGCCGACCGUGGAGCUGAGUGGUCGCUACAUGUGCAAGGUGACGUCCACUCGGCAUGACUUCACGCGCCACAAGCGACUGGUGGUCUACACCUCGCCGCGUGAGAUGUCGAUAUCGGAGGUCCAGCCGGGUGACAAUCUGGUCAACAUCACUUGCCACGUGUCGGGCAUGUAUCCGGAGCCUCGCGUGGAGCUGUACCGUGGCGCCAACAGCAGGACCAUGGUUCCGAUCGAGGGUCUCAACAAGUACGUCUCGUGGCGUGACGGUCUAUAUGACGUCACGGCCUUCUGGGUGACGCGUCACGAGCUGUUACAAGACCACACCCUUUUCGAGUGCAUCAUGCGAAUAUCAGAUACUAACUAUAUGGAGCGAAGAGAGAUCUCCUACUCGUCAGAGUACGCACUGUCUCCGGACCCACCUACAAUCGUGAUCUCGGGACCGUCCAUCGCCAGAGGUGGACUGCGUGCGUCUAACGCUGGUUGCCAGCGUUCAGCCCUGCUGGCCUUGUUGGCUCUCUGUCUUUGCAUAGUCCCACUCGCCAAUCAACGACUCCGGGCGGACCUGCACCGGUACCACUGAUGACGUCACUGAUGACCGCCAGUACCCCUGACUACGUCACUGGUGUACGCUGCUGGCUCACUGCAUACCGCCGGCUACCGAAACCUCCGGCACCUAGCGAUAGCGCUCGAGUCAGAUGAGCGCUAUCGUUAUACCGAUGGUGAAAACCACCAGUAAGUGCUACCUGUUGUGGCGCUUACGAGCGACAAGGACUCGGCUUACGACGUCAACAGUCACGGCGCUGGCUAAUGCCAACUAAUGACGUCAACCUAACGCAAGGUUUCACCCUAUCAUGACAAUCCCUCGGGAGUUCACUAAGUGUGUAAAGUGCUGAACAAGAUGGCGGAAAGAUCGAUACAGCUUCAUGUCAGAACAAUCGUAAUCGCUGUGUGACAGUGCGACAAGAUACUUUGGGGAUCUGCUCUGUGGUCCGCAGCGAUAAUUGCGAGACAUGCGAGCCAUCCGAGCGAGUCGACAGCCGCCGAGGUCACCUGUCGUCGCGAUGUGCCGCCGAGAGAGCGUGAACCGAUACGGGCGAAACGCAUGAGCGGUUCGCAAGACGGUAAGUUGGUCUGUCAACUUUAAUUAGUUGGCCAGAGUGUUUAAUGUCAUUUGUUAACUGGGGCAGAUUGCAAUGAAUUGCCAACGAUGGUUGCUGGUCGCUGGUGAAUUUCAAGACGGUGAACUUACGCAACGAACACGUUUGCGCAUAUUAUGUGCACGUCUCCACAUUAUGAACAUUGAAGUUGCGGGAGCUGCAAAUGAGAUGCGGAACGUGGGCCCAUCCUGCUUAUUUCCAUGUGAUUGCAUGACAUGAGCCAGCUCUAUGUGCAAAUGCAGUGGCAUUUAGGAAAACUUUGGCGAACACUGCACUCAUGGCGCAUAUGCCUUGCUGUACUUAUGUGUAAUUUGUAAUGUGUAUGUAUGGUAUAUGGAUUAUGAGAAGACUUUACCUUUUUGUGCUGGUGUAUGCGACAUAUGGGUGUUUUCUACGCAUCUCUACAUAUCGAAUUGCGUAAUUUGCUUAUUUAAUGUGGUCAUUGAUCGAUUGCGCUUUAAGUUUAUCUAAGUGACUGCCUGGUUUCCUUUAUAGGUGACCCAACAGCCGUUGUAAGUAACUUCAUCAUUGUUCGGUACUGUCUACUGACUCGAGAAGUGUAAACUGGAUGCAUGGACCUAAUUAUCAUUAUUAUAAUACAAAAAAUCAGCGCAUCGAAGCUUGUUUGAUA